AUGACCUCAAAAACCAAGUCCGUUGCAUUCUUUGGCGCCAGCACCGGCGUUGGCCUUGCUGCCCUCAAACGCACCCUCGCUGCGGACCACAAAUGCAUUGCGCUGUGCCGUGAUCCCUCGAAACUCACAACCAUCUUCCCUUCAGAGUCAACACCAAAUCUGAAAGUCAUCAAGGGCAAUGCACACGAUAUCUCCGCCGUAUCGCAGUGCCUCCAAACCGACGAUGGCCACAUCGUCGAUGUCAUUGUGUCUACCAUAGGUGCGAAGCCACGCAGAAUGACCGUCGACGAUCCAGACGUAUGCAAGAAAGGCGCGGCAACUAUCCUAAAUGCCCUCGCCCAGCUUCGAAGCGCCGGCAUUACGGGAACUCCACACAUAAUUGGGUGCAGUACAGCGGGAUUCUCGCGCUUCGGCCGCGACGUUCCUUUUGUUAUGAUACCCAUCUAUUACCUGUUUGUCAGCGUCCCCGGAGCAGACAAGGUAGUCAUGGAAGACCGUUUCGCGCAGAGCGGGGAAUCGUUCACAAUCAUUCGUGCGAGCCACCUUGUUGAUGGCGAGUCGGACAAGACUAUCCGUGUGGGCAUCGAGGAUCCCAAGACUGGUCCUGAGUGUAGGGCUAUUGGCUAUACUAUCUCCCGGGAGGAUGCGGGGGGGUGGCUUGCUGAGAACCUUGUCUUGAAGAUAGACGCGAAGUAUUUGAACAAGAAUGUUACCAUUACAUACUGA